UUGGACGUCACCCGAAUGCCGUCAAUUUGGCAGCUAGGUAGGUGACAGGAAACAUCAGAGUAUGACUCGGGCCUCCGGAUCCAAGUCCUUCACCCAUCCAAGGCGCCUCGAAAUUCAUGCCGCAAAACAUGUCGAAGCCCAUCCCCUACCCACCAGCCAAUCGGAAGAGCAAGACCUGCAGCUUCCUGAGCCACGUCGUUACCCCGCUCAAAAUAUCCAAACUCAGCCGGCCGCAUCGAAGACGCUCUCAGCUUCAAGCCCAAGUAACGGAAUGUAUCGCGCAGUGUUACAGAGUCUCGCCUGACAGACGUGUGGCUUGAAGGAUCAAACUUGGCAAAAAAUUUCCUCACCUAUUUCUUGACUUUUUUUUGCGUGCAUAUGUCGCCGUAUGUCGGCAGAUAAUUCUUCGGCUGGACCCUGUUCGCUUCCUGCCAAUCAUGAAAGGCCAACGCGUGAUAUCACAAACAUGCAUCAGCGGUGUCUUGGAAUACUGUCACUCAGGUCUAUCAACUGACCUGUCCCGCCAAUCACGAAGCUCAGCUCAGAGCCUGAACCGUGGUGAGUUCCCGUCUGGAAACCUCGCGCCCAAGUCACUUCUGGUAUUCUCAGACAGGUGUUCUUGGCUGGGCUCACUUGCACUUCAUAUGUAUUCCUACUGGACACGAUUCAGGCAAUCCCAAGCCCAACCAUGGCUUGCGUUCCAAAAGGGUGGUUGCUCGUACGAUUGUCUCUCCGAGCCGUCCCCCCUCAAAGCCACGUCUCGUAUUCAUUUCUCGGCCGGUUCAGUCUCUUCCACCCGCCCUACUCUCGGUCAAAGAUCACCAUUGACAGCCCGCCUCCAGUUGCCUCUCAGCUAUCACUUCCCCAAGCCACUUCUCGCUAUCGCCCGCUUUCACAAACUUGUCUUCCUACUGGUCAAUAGUACUCAGCACUCAGCCAAGACCAUGUCUUCCGGCCCGCCGCAGCUCCACUUAUUCCUCACUCAGCCCGCCACCAGCCUCCAGAUUGUCACAACCUCCGAGUCAACCUCCAACUGUCCCAAUCAACCUCUUUGAAUGGGGAUCAAUUCAAAGACAGGUCUUAACUAGAGUACAAUUCGAAAAUUUUCGGCAUUUGCUUUUCCCCGAAGAUUUUCGGGCUCAUCUGAAACGUAUAUAAACUUGCAGUUCCCGCGAAUCGUGACUCUGAGCGGGU